AUGAGUUAUAAGAUUGGUCUGCUUGUGCUCCCAAGUGAGCCAGUUGGCAACCCCGCAUCUCAACGUCGCAUUGGAAACUUCUCCAAUCUCCAUCAAUACUAUGCAUGUGACCUUGUUAAAUGACAGUUAAGAGUGUCUAAAAUCUAUAUAUAUACUUGAUCUUCGCAAUUCAUCUUUAUUCCACACUUAACUAUCAACUGAAUCCUCUCUCUCGUAUCUCUAAAAAAAAAAAAAAAAAUGGGACUUCCAUCAAAUGGGGGACAUGAAGUGUACUUCCGUGCACCUCAGAUUAUUAUGGUGCUUAUUCUCAUGGUGAGCACUAGUGUCCAUGGUGCCCAUUUUGACGACGCAUUUCAACAAACUUUUGGAGGUGAGAGGGUCAAAACAUAUGGUUCGGGUGGUGAUCAUCUCUCGCUCUCAUUAGACCAGUACUCUGGAUCCGGGUUCACCUCCAAAAAGGACUACUUAUUUGGGAGAUUUGAUAUGCAAAUGAAACUCGUUGCUGGUAACUCUGCAGGCACUGUCACUACUCUUUAUUUGCAAUCUGACCCUAGCACUGGUAGACAUGACGAGAUCGACUUUGAGUUCUUAGGAAAUGCCAGUGGACAUCCUUACACCCUCCACACCAACGUGUUUGGCGAAGGAAAAGGGAGUAGGGAGCAGCAAUUCAGACUCUGGUUUGACCCAACCAAUGAAUACCACACCUAUUCCAUUGUUUGGAACCCCAGACUCAUCAUGUUCUUGGUCGAUGAAACACCAAUAAGAGUAUUCUUAAACCAUGAGAAACACGGAGUUCCUUUCCUAAAGAAGCAACCGAUGAAGCUCUACUCGAGUCUAUGGGAGGCCGAUGAUUGGGCUACGCAAGGGGAUUAGUGAACACCGACUGGUCUAAGGCACCCUUCACUGCCUAUUACCGUAACUACAAUGUCGAUACUGCACGUGGUGGCAAAUGGUGGACUCAUGAUCUCGAUGCAAACAGUAGGAGAAAAAUGAGACGGAUUCAAAGGAAAAAUAUGAUUUACAAUUAUUGUCAAGAUGCCAAACGAUUUCCAGAAGGUUAUCCUACCGAGUGCAAGCACUAUAAAUUUUAGAAAAACAUCUAGUGUGAUUUUCUGUUCAUUGUAUUCAUGGGGGCAUUUUUAUGUUCAAAUAAAUUAAAUUUUGAUUGUCAUAUUAAGAAAUUAUUAAUA